CUCCGAAAGUCGAGACGGCUCGCGGCGCUUCCGAAACGGGAUGAUCGUUGGCGGUGUUUUAUGGUGGCGGUACGCCGUUGAAACGGGGUGCUGGUGGUGGUAGGUGCGUGCGGACAAUGGUGCACGGGGGCGGCGGACUCAUUCUGUGCGUGCUGCUGGCGAGCUUGCCGAGGGUAAUCCUGUGUCUGAAGGACGUCGUCCUGCAGAUCGAGCCCGAGAUCGUCCAUUUCGGCGAGGAUUCGACUCUUCGGUGCAGCUACGACCUCGAAGGUGCACCGCUUUACUGCGUCAAGUGGUACAGGGGCAGCUAUGAGUUCUACAGAUACACGCCCAAAGAAUUCCCCAGCACGAAAAUAUUUUCCUAUGACGGGAUCCGUGUCGACCUCAAGCAGUCCAACGAGCACCAGGUGGUCCUGCGGGAAGUGGGAUUUAGCCUUUCCGGGAAGUUUACAUGCGAAGUGACCACCGACGGGUCCAUCAUUAAAACGGCGGCUGUGUCCAAGGACAUGUUGGUUGUCGCAUUGCCGGCACAGCCUCCAACACUUAGCACUGAUAAGAGUUUCUACGACAUUGGAGACGUGCUGCGAGCGAAUUGCACUUCGCCGCCCGCCAGACCCGCCGCCACACUCACUUUCAUGCUCAACAAUCAUGUGGUGUGCGAGAAAUGCGUAACCCGCAAACAUCCAGAAAACCAAAUUUGGUGGAGCGAGCUGUCGCUAGAGCUCCCGCUUUUCCCGUCGCACUUUCACGGGGGCAUAAUCGUGCUCAAGUGUAUUGCGAAAAUAGGGACACUUUAUGAAAAGGACGUCCAGAUGAGUAUCUAUAACGUGAAAGAUCCCGUGCCGGCUAGAGUUACCCAGAGUUCGGCUGGCUGCCACUACGUCACAUCCUUCAACGUAAUAAAUAUCUUAUUCUUAUUAUUGUUCUUUUCAAUGUCGUAAGACUGUUUUGUUGAGAUGUUCAAUUUAGUUUCGUUGUAAUAACUGUAAGAACAUAAAUAUAAUUGUGAUGAAAUUUGCUGCAACUAGUCGGUUAGAAGAUGUCUAAAUUUUGUAUGGUUUCGGUGAUUAUUCGUUGACAUUGUAAGCAACGUUUUUGAAAUGAAUGGAUGUUGAUAAGUAAAUAAAUAUAUUAUCUAUU